UCGAAGAAGAAGACGAGCGUAUGCCUGGGCAAGACUGACUUUCCAGCCCGCAACUGCAGCAAGGACGGAACUCGGCAUUUGACGGACGGCACCUUCACCGUCUCGUUCGUUCUCAAAGCUCAACGUCUGCGCUCUCUCAGCAGGUUCGUCAUCGGAUUCGCAAGAUCCUCCAUGACCAGCCGCUCGCAAUACAAGCCUCCGUUCGAGGAGGAUCCAUCGAGAGCCGCUCCGCACCCACCGGCGCUCUCCAAGAAGGCUGCCUCCGUGAGCAAUGCGCGGUGCGGCGGGUACACUGGUACUGCUGCUGUGGCAGGGGCUGCCGCCGGGAUCAAGGGGCGUCAGCGAUCGUUGAGAGGCGUCGGAGGCGAGCGACGAGACCUGGCCCUUGGAACAAAUGUCGCCGAACAGCCGGGUAUCUGUGCCAGUGGAGCAAGGCAGAGCAUUGUCGGAGACGAAUUGCAGAGGCACGACGGCACCACGUCUCUGCAGCGUCUCGCACAGCGCAGCCCCGGCCGGACCUGCCUGGUCUUCACGUCGAGCCUGAUUUUCCUCGGUGUCGUACUGGCCGCACUGUGUCUGGUAAUGUUCACUAGGAACGCGUCCAGGAGCGGGGACGACAGCGCUCGCCGUUUGGAAGUCCGGGACCCCUCCUCGACACAAGUGACGCCUUGCGGAAGAGAGGCCUGCCGCCGCAUGGGGUCGCUGCUCAAAGAAGCCCUCGACACGAGAAACGAUCCUUGCGACGAUUUCCACGCGUACGUGUGCGGCUCGUGGCCAACAAAGCACCCGGGUCAGAGCGUGGCGCAGGCCCUCACCUCUGCUUUCCUGAGCAACGUCUCCAGACGAGCCAAAGCCGUGCGCAUUCCGUACGCGCUGGAAACUAGAAAACAGACCGCCGUGCAGAAAGCCGCGAGGCAUCUUGUCGCGUGCGACGACAUUGUCGCGGAGUGGGACGACCAGACGGCGUACGUGGCAGAAGUCCUGGCAGAAGGCGGCAUCGCAUGGCCGGACGAAGGCGCCGACGCGAACGCUUCCACCGAGUCGGACGUCCUGGAGAGCAUGCUCUACAUGUCUCGGGUCGUCAACAUACCGGUGCUCUUAGAAGUGACCGUGGAGAGCGGUCCCAAGCAACGGGUCGUCAUUAGAAGACCGGAGAACGUGGCCUCGCUUCUGGCGGGAAGCACAAGGCGCAUUAAAGACAUGACGUUUGAGAACUACGAAGAGUAUUUUCGAGCUGUGUACGAGGGUUUCUCACGGCGCAAAAAUACUUCGGACUUUCGAGAAAAAGCCAGCAAAAUGUCACGCUUGGAAACCACGCUGAUGUUUUUCGUGAAAGCUUUGCUCCCAGCUCAUCGCUCGACAACUGAAAAUGGCACAAUGUUCACCGACCUAGCGGGUAUUCAGAGCCUGGCGCCAGCUAUUUCGAAAGAGCGCUGGCUGAAAGCGUUUAGUGCUGUUCUGAAUGGCUCCUACAAUGACCAUGUCCCGGUCGUCGUUCACGAUCGCAGUUAUUCCCGGGCCGUGUUCGCCUUGCACAAGGAGCUCGGUGAGAGCGAUUUUGCGGAACUCUACGGCUGGCUAUGCAUCCAAGUGCUCGUGCCAUUCACCAGCAGGCGCAUCAUAGCCGCAUCGGUAAGUCCUCGUUCUCAAGACGCCGUUCUGGAAACUCAUCGGACGCGCUGCUUUGCCAACAGCGACCGCAUCUUUCACUACGCGCUCGAGUACCCGUAUCUGGACGACGUCGUUACCGUCGAAGUGAGGGAGGACGUUGGCAAGCUGAUGCAGCGAAUCGGCCGAUCUUUCGUCGACGUUCUUUCACGUGCGAGUUCUCCCAUCCUUGCAAACAACUGCACGAGUGACGCCCUCGAGAGAUCAGCAGCAGCCUACACAGGCCUUUUCAGGCGAACGAGGCCUGAGUAUUUUGAAGACGCCUACGAGAGCUAUCCUGACAUGACGCUCAGCGCUGUAACGAACUGGAUAAGAACGGCGCCAUACGUGUCCGCACUUGAUGAAAGGUACAAAUACGACUGCUUCGGAGACAACAAUGGCGAGAGUCUCGAUAGUGCUUGGAGACUGGACGUGGAAGCCAGUUACAUGGACUCACCAUGGUAUGCAGUGGAUGCCCCCAGUGCAAUCAAGAUCGCUGGGAUUGGCUCCAGAAUUGUCGGAAGACUGCUCUCAGACCUCGUUCUGAACAAACAAGCAUGUGAGGGGGCAGUUCUCACCGAAACUGAAGUUAUGUGGCGUUGUAUGUCAGACACCUUGAAGGAGCAGUCCUUGGAUGCUGGCGACAUCAAGAUGGAUGUUGUGUCGGCAAUGCUGACACAUUCUAUUCUCUGGGAGACUUUCAGAAGACAGACAGGACACGGGGUGAACGAGACCAUACUAGAGGAUUAUCCCGACAUGUCUGAAUCGGCGCUGUUCUUCGUCUUCGGCUGCAUAUGGUCGUGCGGAGAAGACCACGAUGCAGCGAAGACACGCUGCAACUUGCCUCUUAGGCAUGACGUGAACUUUGCCGAGACAUUUUCGUGUGCUACAGGCUCGCCCAUGAGGCCUGAAGUUCAAUGCCCUCAUGUCUUCUCGGUGACCGCGUUGGACUAAUUAAAAUCACGUAUUAUAUAUGCUUUAAUGACAGAAGACUGAUGCCAUAUAGCCCCCAACUUUUCUGCUUCAUUGUGUUUAUAUGGGGUGGCAUAAAAAUGUCUCGAUACUGGCUCUGUUUUAAAGAAAGUAAUUUUCUGCGUUCAUUAAAAAUAUUCUAUAACAAAA